AUGGAUGAAAUUCAGGUCGAAUUACUUUCUGAAGAACUGGAGGAAAUUCAGAUCAAAUCAGAUUGUGAAGAAGCAGCAGAAGAAAUUCAUAUCAAAUCAGAUAAUGACGAAGUUGAUGAUGACUAUUCAGACAUCACUCUCCGAUUGUUGGAUCUCUCCGACAUAGAUGACUUCAUGGUAUGGAUUACAGACGAGAAAGUAAACAAAUUUAUCUCUUGGGAGCCUUAUACUUCUAAAGAAGAAGCUUUGAAUUAUAUUGUAGAUUUUGUUAUUCCCCAUCCAUGGUACAGAGCAAUAUGCCUUAAAGACCGGCCUAUAGGGACGGUUUCAGUGACAAAAAAUUAUGGCAACGAUAGUUGCAGAGCUGAAAUUGGGUAUUUCCUAGGAUCAAAGUAUUGGGGGAAAGGAAUUAUGACAAGGGUGGUGAAAAUGGUGGCUUCCACCAUUUUUGUUGAGUGGCCACACCUUGAGAGGCUUGAGGCUCUGGUGGAUGUUAACAAUCCUGCCUCACAAAGGGUGUUGGAGAAGGCUGGGUUUCAGAGAGAAGGUGUUCUGAGGAAGUAUUAUAUUCAUAAGGGAAAGCCAAUAGACAUGGUGAUGUUUAGUCUUCUCUCUACUGAUUCCCCUGUAAACUAUUUAAUUUACAGUUAA